CCCUUGCGAACUUAAACUCUUAAUUUGUCUCCAAGUAAUUUCCCUUCCCCCGUCCACCUCACCUUCCUUCCCUCCAUGACGAUAAUUCCGGCAAACACUCUUCUCCCCAUUUUUUUUUCUUUAAAAAAAAAAAAAAAAACAAUGUCCUCCGCCGAAACAAGGUAUAUAUCCCUAUUCUUUAUUUAUUUCUCUCCCACAUCUCCAUAUAAAAGCUUUCAAACCCCUUGGCUUCAGAACUCAUCAAGAGUAACAAAUUAGCUAGCAAUGGCAACCAAGAAGUCUGCGAUGGCCGCCCGUGCUCGUGCGGCGCUGCGCUUGGCUCUGCUUUGGGCUCGCAGGGGCGGCUCGUUAAAGCGCAGGCUGAUGCUCAAGAGCGUGCUCAGCACUCUCCGCACGAGCCGGAAUGGGAACCGGUUUGGGCCCUUCGAGCGGGAGUUCUCGUUCGACGAGGCGCCCUCUUUUUUUAGUUUCAAGAUGCGUCGGCCGGCGUCGCUGAGGAUUCCUAAGAUCCCUUGUGUGGGUGCCCCGGCUGUUGAUUUCGAUGGCGAUGAUGGUCGGAUGCUUUGUGAGGUUACUGAGACCGGGAAGCGUGAGGUUAUAAAGGGAGAGUACGAGGAUGAAGAUAGUGUGCUUGGCUGCGGCUAUUUAGAUUUUGAAGGGGAAGAGGAGGAGGGAAAAGAGGAAGGAAUCGAUUCGAAGGCAGAGGAGUUUAUAUCGAAUUUUUACGAGCAGAUGAAGCUGCAGAGGCAAGUCUCGUUGAUAAGGUACAAUGAGAUGCUGCUCAGAGGAAUCAGCUAAAAAUAUCAAGACGGAGAUCUCUCUCUCUCUCUCUCUCUCUCUCUUCCUUCUUCUCCUUCUCCGUUUUUUUUUCUUUUGUUGGGUGGGGUAGUACGUUUCCGUUUGAAGUCGUUGACAUCUCACGAGAUGGUGUAAAUAUGGGGGAGCUCUAUCGUCUCGUCGGGGAUCUUUAAUCUGAUGGAAAAUUUUGAAUUUCUUUCGAGUAUGAGCUAGUUUUGAGGCAACAUCUGAUGUUGGACAGAGUGACGUUUUAUAUGAUGAUUGGUGAGGUAUUUGAUUUUGGAGUAUCCUUCCGUGACAAAUUAAUCUGGGAGAGUCUUAGGUGCUCCAUGAGCGCCAGACCAAUAGGAGUAGGUCUCCUAGCAUUAAAAAAAAAUUAUUUAAUUUUAUAUCCUUCACAUUUGCAUGUGAUUUGUGUCAUAUUGCCUUUUCAAGCUAAUUAGUUUUUUUUUUUCAUGUCUAUUCUUCAGAACAAAUCAUAAUUGUCUGUCUGUUUGAAUGUGCGGCUGCAUAUGCAAAUAUGUAGGGCUGAUUAGCACUUAAAUACCUUGAAGUUGUUGAGGUUGUCA